CGGUUCCCCCCGGUCCCGUCGGGCGGCGCCUGUGGCGGGCGGAGGGGAGUUUCCAGGAAGUGGCCAUAUUGGAUCCAUUCAGCCGCAUCCACCCGCGGCGGGGACAGCCGCGCUCCCGCCGCCGGAGCCGCGCCAGCCCCGGCCAUGGCCGCCACCGACCUGGAGCGCUUCUCGAAUGAAGAGAAGAGGAACCUUUCCCUGGGGGGCCAUGUCGGCUUCGACAGUCUCCCGGAUCAGCUGGUCAGCAAGUCUGUCACACAGGGCUUCAGCUUCAACAUCCUCUGUGUGGGUGAGACCGGCAUUGGGAAAUCCACACUAAUGAACACCCUCUUCAAUACCACGUUUGAGACAGAGGAAGCCAGUCACUACGAGAGCGCAGUCCGCUUGCGGCCACGCACCUACGACCUGCAGGAGAGCAACGUGCACCUGAAGCUGACGAUCGUGGAUGCGGUUGGCUUCGGGGACCAGAUAAAUAAAGAUGAAAGUUACAGGCCGAUAGUUGAGUACAUUGAUACGCAGUUUGAAAAUUAUUUGCAAGAGGAGCUGAAGAUCCGUCGCUCCCUCUUCAACUACCACGACACGAGGAUCCACGUCUGCCUCUACUUCAUCACCCCCACCGGCCACUCCCUCAAGUCCUUGGACCUGGUUACUAUGAAGAAGCUCGAUAGCAAGGUGAACAUCAUCCCGAUCAUUGCCAAAGCAGACACCAUCUCCAAGAGCGAGUUGCACAAGUUCAAGAUCAAGGUGAUGAGCGAGCUGGUCAGCAAUGGGGUGCAGAUCUACCAGUUCCCUACAGAUGAUGAAGCAGUCGCUGAGAUCAACUCAGUGAUGAAUGCUCAUCUGCCCUUUGCCGUGGUCGGCAGCACAGAGGAGGUGAAGGUUGGGAACAAGCUGGUGAGAGCUCGGCAGUACCCAUGGGGAGUGGUGCAAGUUGAGAAUGAAAGUCACUGUGACUUUGUGAAGCUGCGGGAAAUGCUGAUUCGGGUCAACAUGGAAGAUCUUCGGGAGCAGACUCACACCCGCCACUAUGAGCUGUACAGGAGGUGCAAACUGGAAGAGAUGGGCUUCAAGGACACAGAUCCUGACAGCCAGCCCUUCAGCCUCCAAGAAACAUACGAGACCAAAAGGAAAGAGUUCUUGGGAGAGCUCCAGAGGAAAGAGGAAGAAAUGAGACAAAUGUUUGUUAACAAAGUCAAGGAGACGGAGGCAGAGCUGAAGGAGAAGGAGAGAGAGCUGCAUGAGAAAUUUGAGCACUUAAAAAGGAUACACCAGGAAGAGAAACGGAAGGUGGAGGAGAAGAGGAGGGAGCUGGAGGAGGAGAUGAACGCCUUCAACCGGCGGAAAGUAGCGGUGGAAACCUUGCAGUCCCAAUCCUUGCAGGCUACCUCACAGCAGCCGCUGAAGAAGGACAAAGACAAGAAAAAUUAAUCACACACAGACUUUCAGGCCAAGAAUGGACUUGGUGCUUUCAUGUGUUAAGUUGCUUGAGUUUCCCACCCUGUGACCCUUCUCAUAACAUUGUGUGAGUGGACCAAAGUGAAAGAGAAAAUGAGCAUCUUCGGUGCUGGCGGUGUAACGACUCCCUGUUAUCCAUGCAGAGUUUGGCAGGAGGCUUUAAGGAAGUAACCAUGUACAUUUUGUUAAACAAAGGCAACUAAUCCCUAAAAUAAGAUGUUUUGUUCUAAACCCAGUGGUCGAGCAGCCGUGUAUACAGUGACUGUAACUGUUUGUCUGAACUCAUCUUACCCACCAGCUAAAUAAUUGCUUUCUAGCUUUGUUUUUACUUUGUAAUUCACUUGGUGACUGCUUGAGGCUCAUUGACCUUCCCCUGUACAUGCACAAAUGUGACGAAUGGUGUGAAGAAUGCUCAAACGUGUAUUUUUCUAGCAAAGUAAGUUCUCCAUUUGAGUGAGCUUAAACACAGUGCUCAGACUUUCUGCCCUGGGAAUCCUACUCCGAGUAACCCUCAUUCUAGUAAUUCUAUAUUUUAAUCCUGAAUUACUCUAAACACUUUCUACAUCAUUUAUAAGAAAUAUAUAUAUAUAUAUAUAUAAGGAGAAUGGUUAUAAAAUUCAUGGGACAAUGUUUUGAGUUUACUGCUAAAGUAGAACAUUUAUAUAGAAAGAUUUUUCAUAAGAGUGUGUCGUAUAAUGUGGAGCUACAGGAUUUGUGUAACUUCUCAGUUGUCAUUUACCAAUGUACUUUACUGUGUGUCAAAACUAUUUAAGCAAUCAUCUUUACUUUUACUCUUUAACCUUAAACUUAUUAUGUGCCUAAACAAGGAGACUCCCCUAAUCUUGAGCUAUGCACCCUAUUUAUACCGAUAGGCGUUAUUCCUCUUAGAAGGUGGUUCUCUUAACACUCCUCAUGCCUGGAAAUCACAGCCUGGUUUUCCUGGGCAGCUGAGCUCAGAGGAAUAAUUAGGAUCAAUGUUAGUUUUUUCCACUCGAACCAUUCUGUGAUCAGGCAGGACAAUAACUGAGUAGAGGCUUACUAGCUACGUUGUCAUGGAAUAAUAGCUGGACCCAAUUCCAUCCAUCCAUCACGUAACAGGCUAAAAGAAAGCAAAUAUUUUAUAUUAACCCUCACAUAGUGUCUUUAGAGUUUAUGAGAACACUGGCUGGCUAAGUGUUAGUUGUGAGGGUGUGUGUUUUUAUCUAGUUAUUCAUGUUACAGGACUUUUCUGAUGCUUUUUUUCUUAAAGACUUGUCUUCAAGCUGUCAGCAGGUUCCUUCUUUGAGGCGCAGACAGAAGUGCACGGCCUUGUACCUCGGCUGUUAUGGUCUGUUUGAGGGCAGCCCUUGCUGGAUUGUAAAAUGAGGUUCUCUAAGUUGCAUAUCCCAUAACAGCAGGGGUUUGUUUCUUGUUUUCCUUUCCCAAUACAUGCUCAGGUGUUAGACUCUUUUCAUAUGGCCUUUUAUUUGGAUAUACUGCAAAUCAGUGUUACUUGAUGCUGGCGAGAAAGAACCUCACAAAGAUGUCACGGGUACCCUCCAGAACAGGCUGCUUGUCAAAGGGGAGGAGUUGUGUGUGCUCGUUAGGAGCCUGCUGAAAGCUGAACAUGAAUGUUUAAGGCUGUGCCUCCAGGUAGAUGUUUUAAAGAGUCAAAUGUAGGAGGGUUGGUGUCUUGUUCUCAGAGAAACAGACGAGGAACCCAACCUCUUGUUACAUGCAAGGAGACAAUUCCAGCUCAUGCUGACCACAGUCCAGCCACACAGCGAAUGAGGGGCAGGACUUUGAUGUUUUGCUGAUGAGAGGAGCUCUGGUGCACUAAUUGCACGAGUGAGCAGCACUAUUUGGUUUACUACUUGUUUUACUUCUCAAGGCUGCUGCUGUGCAGGCCGGGAUAAAACCGCAUCCGAUGAUCCUGGGUGUGCAAAGAGCCUUUUCCAGUCGAUCAUUCCCUCCCGAUCUCGUGGUGCAGCCAGCAAGAUCUAUGCAAAUGAUUUUAACUGCUCUGGCUCAUCAGAGAUCGAUUCUUUUUUCCUGGAAUAGCAGGUUAUUUAGAGUAAUGAUGAAAGAGUAAAAACCUUCAAAUCCAUGGGCAUUGUGGAGAAAUUUCCAGCUUUUUCUGAUGAAGACAUUCAGAAUGUAUGUAACAAUAUUUUAAUGACGAUGAUUAUUAUAUUACAUUGACUUUAUGUUGUGACAGACAUCCCUUUUCCUUGUAGUUACUUGUUCUUUAGAGCAUUCACCACCAUAAUCUCCCCAAUGGGACUCAGUCAUAUUGCUUUUCGCUAGUACUCGAUUUUCCCUUUUGGCUGAGACAAGGUCUCGCUAUGUGGUAUGUAGGGUAGUUGUGAUCUUGUUUUUAUUUAACAAGUUACAAAUACAUGGUGAUGCUAAUCUCAAUCCAGUCCGAAGACUUACAUUUUAUAGGCUAAAAGAAGUGAAAGAAAACCCCUUCAGAAAUGACCAAAACUGUUCAGUUAAGCAUCUUGCAGCUGGUUUAUACAUUUAUCUAUAAAAGGUUGUUAUUAAUGGGAAAAACUAUCCAUUGUUUUUUAUCAUUUAACCAUUUACCAUCAUGUAUGUUGUCUGCUUUCUAAUUUAAAAUGUGUUUUAUGGGGCUCUGAGCUCUGUAGGCUUCAUGUCUGGCUGUGGUGGAUGCCCCUGGGUGGAGCUGGGGAGGUUGGCUCAGAGCCUCGGGGGCCUGCAGCAUCCCUUCUCUUUGCCAUCCCGAAUGUGGGGGGUUGUUGGCUGGUUUUUGGGUUUUUUUUUGACUUUCAUUUCUUUCCACUCACUUUGUACGUUGUUUUCUUUUAUUAAAUCUCACGUGUAUUUUGAGUUCUUGUGGUGUCGUUUAUUUAGUGGUGCAUUUCCUGUGGGUCUCUGUUGAAAUGACAACGUGGCGCAAUCGAUUGAAAGUGUUACCAGGCACAGGAUGUCUUGUGACUCUUGGGAGCAUUCCAACAUGAAAUUAGCUGCUCAUUAACAAUUAGUUAAUCAUGCAGCAUGCGGAAAGGCACCUCAUCUGGAACUGGGGAGAGAUUUGAAGCUAUUAAUUCAAAUGCCAUCCCUAAUUGAGCAAAAGGAGCCUUCAAGCUCGUUGGCACAUCUCCUGUGGGAUCUGGUGACUGAAAGGGUAGAUGUACCAGCAGAUUGGCUGAUGUAACACUGCCCAAAGAGGUGAUUUAAGAGUGGGAUGAAAGGGGAGAAAGGUGGAGGGUUUCCUAAUAGUACAGGGGGUUGGAACUGGAUGAGCUUUAAGGUCUCUUCCAACCCAGAUCAGUCUGGGAUUCCAUGAUAACCUCCAAAGCUGUGUGCUUUUUCUGGAGAAGCACGUUGUAUGCUUAGGUCAAGGCCAGAAAUAAGCACAGCUUUAGUUUGGGGCUCUUCUUUGAGCCUGCUUGAGAGCUCUUUUUUAAGCCUGCUGCUGAAGCUUUACCCUGAGGCGUGUCCUUGCUGUCUGUUCUGUGUUAUCGCUACAUAGGAAGUUAUUUUGGGGUAAUUUAGGGUCUCUCUGGUUUGUGUUUGUUAUUGGACCGAGAUCAAUGCUGCAGUUCAGACCAAGCCAACAAGUGGAGUUUGGCUGAUGCACAGUGUUUGCUGAAGGGCUGCUUUUGAUGGAGCGUUUUCUGCAGCCUCAGUUCCAAGCACAAAAGCAAGUCAGUGAUCUUGGCUGGAUCCUGGCUGCUUCCAAGAUCAUCUUAGGAAUGUGCAGGUGGACUGUGCUGUUGCUGCAGGAGUUCGCUUGUGUGCGAGACCUCUGCUGUCUGCAUUUAAUACACAGCUUGCUUUAAAGGCAUCGGGCAGUUCUGCAUGUCCUGUGUGCUGUGUGUUGGCAUCCCACCUUUGUACCAGGCCGGGCUGGUGCCCAGCUCUGGUACCGAGGUGACCAGAAGAGGUGGCUGGAGCUGUUGGGACAUUGCCUGUGGCCAUCACUGCCCCAGUGAAUUAGUUGGGGAAUUAAGGUGGUAGAGACCGGUCAUUUUAAAGCUGGGCCAUCUGGUGGUGCAGGAUGAUGUGCAUUGGCAAGUGAUCUUCCACAGGAGCAAUGUUAAUUAGUCAUUAAUAUCCAUGCAAAGCCCCUAGAGAUGCUUGCAACAGAAUGAGGAGUGCAGAGGGUGUUAAGCUCAGCAGCAAGGUAGGUCCUGCCCAUGUUUUGCAGCUCCAGAGCUGAAGCCCAGUGACCAAGACCCCAGGACGUGUCGGUGCUUUCCCUUAGGAGACAACCCAAGCCCAACCUGGCCUCCUUGUCCUGGGCUGUUCUAUAGGACAAACACAAAGCCCCUGGCCUGGGCUGUGUGUCCUGGCCAGGCUGGGACAGCUCUGUCCUCCUCCCACCCCAUCACAGCACACAGCUUCUCAGAUGUUCCCUCCAGCAGCCGUUCCUCAUUCAAACUUCCCAUCAAUCCUCUGGUUACUGGUUCCAAACAAGGUCUUGGCAGCUGUGAGAGCUUCUCUGGGUCGUGAUGGUUUAAAUUCAGGUGCCUGUGCCCAGCCCCACAUGUUAGAUUUGUACUUUGACCCUUCAUGCUGUCUUAAUGUAAGUGACUGAAACUCAAACACUGAUUCUCUUCUGUUCUUU